UGGAGGCUGAUUAAAAUGUGUAGGUUUCUUGCCCCUUUACUUGAAAACCUGCUUCAGCACCUCACUUCUCUCCUAGUUAAAAGCUAUCUGUGUAACUGCAGUGCUGUCGGGAGUGUAAGCGUGAAUGAGUGCAACACCUCAACAGGACAGUGUGAGUGUCACGAGGGCUACACAGGUCUGUUUUGUGACAGCUGCAAGGAGGGGUAUUACCUGAAUCAAACUAGUGGGCUCUGCCGUCUGUGUGGCUGUAGUUCCAAAGGCUCCGUCAACUCCCUUUGUGACAAUUAUGGAAAAUGCCAGUGUAAAGUUGGUGUAACCGGCUUCAAGUGUGACCAGUGCCAUGAUGGAUACUACAGGUUUAACAAAACCACCUGUGCACCCUGCCAGUGCAAUGACCAUUCCAAGAGCUGUGAUGGCUUAACAGGUGCCUGUUUGAACUGCCAAGGAAAUACAGAAGGAAGUCAGUGUGAAAAAUGUAAGGUUGGCUUCUACAGAAGCACCCUCCCAGCCCAUGAAUGCCACCACUGCCCAUGUUCAACUGUAGCAUCUACUGGUAGCUGCCGAAUAAAACCUGGCCAGCAUGUCCCAACAUGUGACAAAUGCAAAACCGGAUACACUGGCCCAAACUGUAACCAGUGUGACAAUGGCUAUUACAAUUCUGACAGUAUCUGCAUAAGAUGCAAAUGUAAUGGGAAUGUAGACCCAAUUCAGUCACCCAGGAUAUGCAUGCCAGAGACAGGGGAAUGCAUUGGCUGUCUAUACCACACUGCUGGGUUUCAUUGUGAGGAAUGUCAGGAAGGUUAUAUCAAAGACCCUGAGGGAACCAACUGCACCAAGAAAGAAAUCUUUCCUGGUCCAGAAGCUACAGAGUUCGUAACUUUUGCUCCAAGCACCAGCACGGCAACAUUGUUUUCAACUACAGUGACAAACAGUACAUUACCACCACCGACUGUGCAGACUGUAUUUCCUAUAAGCUCCUCUGACAAUAGUACAUCUGCUUUUGCAGAUGUCUCGUGGACUCAAUUUAACAUAAUUAUUUUGACGGUGAUUAUCAUUGUUGUGGUCCUACUAAUGGGCUUUGUGGGUGCUGUCUAUAUGUAUCGUGAAUAUCAAAACAGAAAACUUAAUGCUCCUUUUUGGACCAUUGAACUAAAGGAGGACAACAUCAGUUUUAGCAGCUACCAUGACAGUAUACCCAAUGCUGAUGUUUCGGGGUUAUUGGAGGAUGAUGGAAAUGAAGUGGCGCCUAAUGGACAGCUGACGCUGACAACUCCCAUGCAUAACUAUAAGGCAUAAAGGAAGAAUUUAUCCAGCUAUUCCAAAAUUAGCUUAAAAAAUGACUCUGCUCAUUCAAGGAGUAUCAGAAUCUGUGCCAAGGUUUCAAGCAAAGGAAUUUGCUACCCAGAUAUUUUUUUAUGUUGGGCAUGGUGUAGCUUGCUGGUGAACAGGAAAGGUGUGCAGUGCAUCAGGUUUUCAGGUAACAUAAUGAAUGCAUUCAGUGUGUCAUUUCCCAUGAAGAUCCAUAGACUUCACUGUUGAUAAAGACUUUACAUAAAAUAACGCCGAUCUUAAAAUAUAUUUUUGUAUGAAGAGUUGCGGUAGGGCUAUAGCAAGCAGAACCCUGUGAUUAAUCAAAAGUUACUUUGACUUCCAGCCAAGCUAAUGCUUAUACCUGUGUCCAAUAUUUUGAAAAGUAGCCUGUGAAUGAAUGGUGGAUUUUCAGGAAAUAGACUUUUCUAAAAGCUUCAUAUUAUUUCCUUUAUAUAAAUUUGUUUUAAAGAAAGGGGAAAUCUCAUUCACUUCACCAUAGUACUAAAAGACAUUUAAAUAAGUAAAUGUUACGCACAGUAAAACCGCCCCAUUGAUUUUUGGGGAGCAGAAAAAAAUCAAGUAUGAAAAUAUCUGUUGGGGGAGAUAACUCUUUUCCCUUAUGUAAGGUGACAAUACUAUUAAAAUACAGGAAUCCAUUUUUAUAGAAGGAGUUAAUGAACUUGUAUACAUAUUGUACAAGGGAAGACAACCAGACAUCUCAGGGUUGCCCUGUAAAAAUACAUGCUAGGCUUACUAUCUUACCCUGACAGAAAUGGUGUGUUCUGUAUAUAGAAUGUAAUAUAACUUCUUGGCAUUGUAUCUGUAACUAUUUGUAAAAAAAGAAAAGCCAUAAGUCAUAUUUUAUCAUCUAGAUUUUAUCUGUACAGCAGUUAGUGGCAUUGUAAAAAAAAUAUGAGGAUUGUUUAAAAUACUGUAAAUUAGAUGGCAAUAUUGCUGGAGCUGGGUCUCUGGCAAACAUCCAUCGUUUAAAGUUCCUCUUCUGAUAUCACUGAAAUUUUUUUAAGAAGUUGAGUGUUUCCUACUUGUCUCUGCAACUGUCAACCUCCCUGUUCCUUUAUCCAUGUUGACCCUAGUAAAUAUCCGGUGAUGUCAUGAACAGACAUCUGAAGGGCCAGUGAUCAGGGUUGCUUUGAAGUCUCCCCACAAAAUGCAGAUGUAUCAACAAUGUUAUUUAAAGACUGAUCCUAUCAAUCAGACUUAACAAGAGCUGUCAGCAUUCACAGGAGUAGUUUGAUUGGAGUCAUGGGCCUACUCGGGCAAGUAAGGACUACUUAUGUAAUUAUGAGUAAAAUUGCCAAUAGUGCUGCACGUUGGCCUAUCUCUGCUUCUCUUGAUGACAAUAGCAAAAUUUCCCUCGUCUUCAGUGGAACCAGGAUUUCAUGCAAAGUAUCUACAGGAUCAGGUCCCUGGUUUCAAAAUUCUAGAUACAAUAAUAAGUGAUGUGGACACUGUCAAGUAAUUGAUUUCUGAAAGUUCACGUAGCAUAAAGUUGUAUGCUGGACAAGUGGGGACUACUCAUUGUUAAGAAACAUACAAGGGAUCACUGGUUAUGCAGAAUCCUACCAUUUUUAUAUAGAGGCAGACUGGCUUUUAACAAGGGGAGUACAAGUUAAUGAGCACUCUGUCUUUGUCAAAUGGAAAGAGCUGUAUGGCAAGGUUGCCUUGUUGUUCCUCCACUCUGAGGUAUAGGUCUGAAUGCAGGGUGCAGCGUGGCUGCUUGAAUGUACACCGACAUAGCACCUAGGAAGACUGCUGACUGUAGCAGGCUGAGUACAGGUUGGAACAUCCAAAAGCAUGUGCAGUCCUUGUACAGCUCUGUUUCCUAACAUCUGGGAGAAGGCAGUGCUAUACCAGGUGCAAAGAACAUUAGACCUUCACUGGGGCAUUUUGUUUGCACCUGUACAGUGCAAUAAAACAGUGCUGUGGAGAACUUCAGCUCUGCCCUUGCCUUUUUUCAGUGCUGCCAUUUGGCAUGUAAUCUUUAUUAGGUGCCAGAUCCAGUCUGUUUGCUUUAUUCCUUUCACUGCACUGAGUGUGUCUUUGCACCCAAUCCAGUUCCCAUUGAAGCCAGUGGAAAGCCUCCUGAAAUCCUCCUGCUGACUUCAGUGAGGUUGAAUCAAACCUUUUGUUUGAUCUCUUCUGAGCAGGGCAAUUAGUUCCUGUCUUGUGUGUUAAUUAAGUGAACUUCUGGUAACCUCGGGGAUAAAGUCUGUAAUGCAGCCAUGCCAGUGCUUUGCCGGUUCAUUAUAACUCCAGUGAUAAACAAGGAAGUUAGCAAAGCAGAGCAAUAGCUGCAUCAAUAAAAAACAAAGGCAGAAAUAAAUAUUUCUUAUGUGACAGGAGGGAAAAGUACUGUAGAAAGAUAUUAUUUAUUUGCAUUCCAGAAGUACUGGGAGGCCUCACUCUGGCUUGGGAAUGGCAUUCUGCUAGGUGCUGUACAUAGUUAUAAUAAUAAUAUGCAGUCCCUGUAUCAAAGAGCUUAUCUUCUAAUUUAAGAAGAUGUGAUGGACUGUGUAUGGACCUCAGCCAGAGGCAAUGAAGCCAAUGAAAAGAGGUACAUUGCCUGCAUUGAACUUGAGGUCAGUUCUCAAGUCUGCAGUUGACUGGAUUCAAGUCAUUCAAAAAGAUUUGAGUUUUAGUCGGAAAAUAGAAAAAGAAAGAAAAUCUGGAUAUUAGCAAGCCUUUAUCAUACAACAGGCUUUAAAGGUCAGUUUUUAUUAAAGUAGAGAAAAUAGUAUAAUCUGGACAUAAUUACGUGACAGUGCUAAUUUUUAUAAGUGUAUUCCCUGGUGUUUAUGCACACUGGGAAGAGAUGACUUUUCAUAAGAGAUUUCAGUGACUGUGUGUUAGCAUCUGGGCCUAGUUCUCUAGAGCAAUAAAAGCAACAGGCAAAGUGAAGGAAAGAUUGUCUACUUGAGCAUGUCAGAAUUAUUUUCUUCUUUUAUUUGUGGGGUUGAGGUGAAUUAGCAGAUAUAUUCUUUGAAAGAAAACAUUUCUUCAUGGAUCCUUGGAAAGUCUGCAGGCUAUCUAAUAUAACAGGGUUUGGCCAGUUUAAUUUGGACUUCAGGUCCUGGCUUUUUUGAUUCUCUUACAUUACAGAGUCUGUGACCAGUUGCAGGAUUUGGUUUUGAGUUCAGUUGCUGAGCUCCCUUUGAUAUUGGCCCCAUUGUAGCUGAAAAAAUAAACAUGAAAAAUAAUAUUCAAGCACUGAAUAUUAGCCCAGCUCUGAAGUGGUGAAGAUGUCAGUCUGUUUUACACAUUGUCAUACAACAGUAUGAUUCUGUGGGUAUUUUGCUGACAGCAAAUGGUUCUGGACAGAGAGGUCUAGGAGACCAUCCUGUGGGUCUGACAUGAAGCCCACAGAAAUUAAUUUAAGUCUCUUCUUUGGGCUUUAGUUGCAUAGCUUUUUAAAACUCGACUGACCUGUUUUGGAGAAACUCUGAUGUAUGGUAUGCUUUGUUUGGACACUAACUUCUGAUUAGCAGAGAAUGAAAACAUCAGAGGGAUGCAAGGGAUGGUGCAUCUAAUGCGACAAAACGAUUCAGAAGAAGAAACAAAAUCAGUUGCACCCAGUUGGGUCUCUUGUUUAGAGAAAUAAGAUUCAACAGAAACUUUCCAGCUUUGUGUUCAACCUCAUCCUAUGAUCCACUAGUGUGAAACCUGACUCUCUUCCCUCCAACACCCACAUAGCCAUCUACCUGAGCACCUGUACAAUAGAAGGAAGAAGCUAAGUGAGAUCCAUCUCUCAGCCAGGUUGGACUGCACCUUGUUGUAGUUCAUUGCCAGAGAAUUCUUAUGGGCAAGUAUGUCAUCCUACCAAAGACCUUGCUUUUUCCAGCAGGACUCCUUCUACAUUCAGUUGCUUGUAUUAUAACUUGCCAUCAAACUUCUGUAAUGUUGAGGUUUGCCCACUGGCAGGUUUGAGAAUGAGAAUGACCAGUUAAAUAGGAUGUAGACUGCAGAGGUUCAUCGGGCCCAAUGCAGAAAAUCAUCAGGUCAGAGAAGGGGUGUCAGGCUGAGGAGUCAGGACUGUUGCACAUACAUUGGUGGGGUCCAUCACGCGUCACUUCCCAGCAGACAAGUAGUAAAUCAGUCUUGCAGGACAACGGUCGUUGGUUUUGGGCAAGAAAGUGGGUGGCAUGGUGCAGUAGCUGUGUGUCCAUGGAGUAGCUGGAGUAAUAGGGGGACAUGGCAGUCCAGAGAAGUAUGACGGUGAGACACUUAUGGCUUUCGCUCCUACUGGCCAUAAUCUCAAACCCAUGCUGUGGGAAGGUGAGAGCCAUGUUGCCACAUAGCCUAGCUGGUCUGGGUGAAGCAAAUGAAAUCCUGUAGUAAAACACUUGAAGACAAAAGCCCUCAUGUCAGGGGAUGGAUAAAAAGCUGCAAUCAACCAUGUAUAAAAUGAACAGGGGCAGCCUGGCUGGGUCAGAAGCUAGGGAUGUUACUCUACAAGCACAGGAUGCACCAAAUGUGCAAAAGUAUAAUCAGCUAAUGUGAAUACAAGGUCUGAACUCUUACCAAAUCACCAUAGCUAGAAAAAAAAAAGCAUGAUGUUUUAGCCUUGGGGACUGUCAUGAAAAGUCAUUUAUUGAAACAGUCAUUCUCUUGGACCAGGCAAAACGCACUCAGGCCAGCAGAAACCAUUUAUGAGCCUGGAUGGCAUGUUUUCAGCAUUCUACUGCAUUUUGGGCCAGUUGAUCCCUUGUUGUACAGCAUUUUUAUUCCAAAUAUUACAUGCAAUAUAAAUGAUGCAAUAUGUGGCAGAAAAUCUGUACAGCUUCCUUUUAAAAACAAGAACUGAAGAAUGAAGCCUAAAACAUUUUUAAAAAUAAAAUUGUAAAAUUAGCUCUCAAGGGACUCUGCUAUUUAGGUGUCAGAUGGAAUUUUAAUAAGGAAAAUGUGGGCCUAAAACAUUUAACAUCAUGCUUGCUCCCAACUAAAACUCAUCAGCCUUAUCACACAUCCCAAUAAGGUGUUUCUUACGCAUAUGCUAAGCUUACAAAUGCAUUUCUAAAAAAAGUGUAUGAUUUGAAUAUAUGUCAGAAUUUAUACAGAAGAAUGUUAUUUAAAAAUGAAUAAAUGUAUAUAAUUUGUACCUA